UAUGGUGUUCUACAUCUUGUGAAAUAGCUGAUGAUAUAGGUUUAUGGUAUAACGCGGGCAUUUCAUAAUCUCUUGCGUACUGUACCUCAUGACCGACCACCAAUACACUGUCGCGAAAGCUGGAAUGGUAAUGACCAACCACAUUGCAAGCAUCAAGAGGUGUGCAGACAAUCACAAGAUACCGAGUAUCGCUACAGAGCUUUGGAUAAUGAGGCAGACAAAAAUCGUCUUCUCGGUGCAGGGGAGCUGUGCAAACGCCGAAAUCCUCUCUCUGGUCUCUGAUACGCAUGUUGCGUUGGCAGUGCAUAUCAGUUAUCUUGACAUGGGUUAUAGGGGGGCGUGCUUGGGCCUUCCACCGUUCGUAACCAACCUGUCGUCAUGGCUGCGCGCGCGGUUGGUUGCGGUCAGUCGCCUUCGGAACAUUUGA